ACCGAGGGAGCAUUUUAAACUUGUACCAGAGGCUGUUGUCAAAAGGCAGAACGGGGUAACGUUGCAACUACAGAAGGGCGAGUCUGGCGAUAAAUUUCAUGUCUGCCUCAGGUUUUUUUUUUAAUCUUGAGAUUCGCAUGCAGUACAUUUUGUAUCGUUGAAUCAAAGGUUUGAAUAACGUUCGCGUUCAAAGGUGAAACGUUAGUUUUUAUUUGAAUUCACAAGUGUAUGGGAGCAAGCUAGCUUCCAGGGCUAAACUAACGUCGGUUGAGGUAGGGUUAACAAUAGUUGGACCCUUGCAGCUAUUAUCGAUACCUCGACUGCUGAAGAGUUUUAAACGUUUCUUUUAAAGACGCCGAAGAGCACUUUAAUCCAAGAUGAGUGCAGGAAUUGCGAAGCCGGCGAAUCCGUCGGCACAUGUCGACCCGAAAUCAGCUCCUCUCAAAGAAAUCCCAGAUGUUCUGGUUGACCCACGCACCAUGAGAAGAUACGCGAGGGGAAGAUUCCUCGGAAAAGGUGGUUUCGCCAAAUGCUACGAAAUCACAGAUGUGGAGACGAAGCAAGUUUUCGCCGGAAAAAUCGUGCCGAAGUCCCUGAUCCUGAAGCAGCACCAGAGGGAGAAGAUGACCUCUGAAAUCGCCAUUCACAAGAGUCUUAACCAUGCGAACGUCGUCGGGUUUCAUGGGUUUUUCGAAAACGACGACUUUGUCUUUGUUGUCUUGGAAAUCUGCAGGAGAAGGUCCUUGUUGGAGCUGCACAAGCGUCGUAAGGCUGUGACUGAGCCCGAGGCUCGCUACUACAUGACCCAACUGCUUAAGGGUGUCCAGUACCUGCACAACAACAGAGUCAUCCACAGAGACCUGAAACUGGGCAACAUCUUCCUCAAUGAUGACAUGGAGGUCAAAAUAGGGGAUUUUGGUUUGGCCACUAAGAUCGAGUUUGAUGGCGAAAGGAAGAAGACCUUGUGUGGAACGCCCAAUUACAUUGCACCUGAAGUGCUUUGUAAGAAAGGCCACAGCUAUGAAGUGGAUGUCUGGUCGCUUGGAUGUAUAUUGUACACUUUGCUGGUGGGUAAGCCCCCAUUCGAGACCUCCUGUCUGAAGGAGACCUACAACCGCAUCAAGAAAAACAACUACACCAUCCCCUGGCACAUCAACCCGGCCGCUUCCUCUCUCAUCAAGCGGAUGCUGCAUGCUGAUCCCGCCCAAAGGCCUACCAUCACUGCGCUGCAGGCGGACGAGUUCUUCACAUCCGGCUAUAUCCCCUUACGCCUGCCCACCACCUGCCUCACUGUGCCCCCGCGGUUCUCCAUUGCCCCUUCCACAACUAUGGAGCUCAACCAGAGACGCCCACUGACUGCUAUUAACAACAAGGGAGGGACGGAGAAGGUGGACAUGAAGGAUGAGCCUGUCCAAAGGGAGGCUGAGCCAUCAGAAAACCACCUGAAGGAUAUGCUGCAGCAGCUCAACAGUAUCAUUGCUGCCAAGCCCUCUGAGAAGGCGGUCAUCUGCCAAGAAGAGGCAGAGGAUCCUGCAUGUAUUCCUAUCUUCUGGAUCAGCAAAUGGGUGGACUACUCUGACAAAUAUGGAUUAGGCUACCAGCUCUGUGACAACAGCGUGGGUGUGCUGUUCAACGAUUACACGCGUAUGAUCAUGUACGCUGACGGAGACAGUCUGCAGUACAUUGACAAGACGGCAGCUGAAUCCUACCUCAGCGUGCGCUCUUACCCUGCUGCUCUCAACAAGAAGAUAACAUUGCUAAAAUAUUUCCGCAAUUACAUGAGCGAGCACCUGCUGAAGGCUGGCGCCAACAUUGCACGGCGGGAUGGAGAUGAGUUGGCACGGCUGCCUUACCUCUCGCUCUGGUUCAGAACCAAGAGCGCCAUCGUCCUUCACCUCACCAACGGCACCGUUCAGAUCAACUUCUUCCAGGACCACACCAAGCUGAUCCUGUGUCCGCUGAUGGCUGCAGUGACCUACAUUGACGAGAAGCGAGACUUCCGCACCUACAAGCUGUCUCUGCUGGAGGAGUUCGGCUGCAGUAAAGAGCUGGCCAGCCGCAUUCGCUACGCCAAGCUCAUGGUGGAGAAACUGCUGGACAGCAAGCCUUCCACUGCCACACAUUAGACCACCUUGCACCACUUCUUCAAAUCACUCUGUCUUUAAUCACUGGCCACUUCUUCCUGUCUGCCAGCCUCUGAGGACAGAACAGACUUAACUCUCAUAUUUUAUUGAAGGGUGUAAUGAUUUUUGACAUUUGAGGCUUUGACAUGUACCAUGAAAAUUAAUCUGUAUGUUGUACAUGAAUUUCAGUCUCUCAGCCGCUGAUUUUUAUCCCUUUUCCCUGCUGUUAAUACAAACGCUGUUAUCUUAAAACUUUCUUGAUGAAGCUUACUCUUGACAAACACGUUCCUGCUGACGUAAUCUAAGAAGGCUGGAUCGCUGACCGCACAGCAGAGUUGACCCUGUACGUUCAAAUGAGUCUAGGAGGAAAAAGAUGACAUAAGUGUUCCCUGUGUUCAAAUUCAUCAUCUUGAAGUUAAAACAUUCCUCCCAAGAUCCUCUCUGCUUGUUUGCAUUUGUUCAUGUAUCAGUCAUGCUUUUAAACCUGAACCAGAGUGGACAAAUGUGUGGUGGGGGAUUGAGACUCAGACUGGCUGUGUGGAUGGAAAAAGCUUCUCUGGUCUGCUUCUCUAGUUUCUAUUUUAUGUGUUGUAUGUAGAGAAAUGGACCAUGUUAAUACGUCUUCAUCAUGUACAUUCUUUCUGUAGUUACUUUUUACACUCUUUUUUAAGUCUAUUUUAGAUGUCUUGUCUCUUUCAACAAGAUGUACAAACUUGUACAUACUGCUGAAUAUGCAUAAAUGUUGUAAAGAUGGUUUAAUUUUACCCAAGUUUAAAUAAAGAUUCUCUUGAGCAAGAUGAA